AUGUUUAAAUUUCACCAAGUGAAACAUAUUUUUGAUACACUAGAUAAAAUGCGAUGCCUGCGAAAACGUUCUACAGUCUCAUUCUUGGGAGUUCUUGUCAUUUUCCUUCUGUUUAUGAACUUGUACAUUGAAGAUAGCUAUGUUAUGGAAGGAGACAAACAACUUGUAAGGGAAACGUCUACACAUCAACUGAAUCCAGAACGCUAUGUGCAUACUUUCAAAGAUUUAUCUAAUUUCUCAGGAGCCAUCAAUGUCACCUAUCGCUUCUUAGCUGUUAUGCCUUUACAAAGAAAGCGGUUUCUUACAAUUGGACUUUCAUCAGUGAGACGAAAAAAAGGAAAUUAUUUACUUGAGACAAUCAAGUCAAUUUUUGAGCAAUCCAGCUAUGAAGAAUUGAAGGAAAUUUCAGUGGUGGUUCAUCUAGCUGACUUUAAUUCAUCCUGGCGUGAGGUCACGUUACAGGAUAUUACACAGAAAUUUGCCCACCAUAUUAUUGCGGGAAGAUUAAUGGUUAUACAUGCACCAGAGGAAUAUUACCCAAUCCUGAGUGGCCUUAAAAGAAAUUACAAUGAUCCAGAAGACAGAGUGAGAUUUCGUUCCAAACAAAAUGUAGAUUAUGCUUUUUUGCUUAAUUUUUGUGCCAAUAUUUCAGACUACUAUGUAAUGCUUGAAGAUGAUGUUCGCUGUUCAAAAAAUUUCUUUACUGCCAUCAAGAAAGUCAUUACAUCCCUAGAAGGAACUUACUGGGUAACCCUUGAAUUCUCUAAGCUUGGCUAUAUUGGAAAACUUUAUCAUUCUCAUGACCUCCCACGUUUGGCGCACUUUUUAUUAAUGUUUUAUCAAGAAAUGCCUUGUGAUUGGCUACUGACUCAUUUCCGCGGUCUGUUGGCUCAGAAAAAUGUGAUUCGUUUCAAACCAUCUCUCUUUCAGCACAUGGGUUAUUACUCGUCAUAUAAAGGAACUGAGAAUAAGCUGAAGGAUGAUGAUUUUGAAGAGGAGCCAUUUGAUAUCCCAGAUAACCCUCCUGCAAGUCUAUAUACCAACAUGAGUGUUUUUGAAAAUUAUGAUGCGAGCAAGGCUUAUAGUAGUGUUGAUGAAUACUUUUGGGGAAAAUCACCGUCAAUAGGAGAUGUCUUUGUGAUUAUAUUUGAAAAUCCAAUUGUAAUCAAAAGAAUUAAAGUGAAUACUGGAACAGAAGAUCGACAAAAUGACAUUUUGCAUCAUGGAGCCCUAGAUGUUGGGGGAGAUAUUAGAUAUUUUAAACAAAAUAGACAAUGUGUUACUUACAUAAGACUAGGGGAAUUCAAAAAUGGAAACUUUGAAGUAUCUGAUGUAAAUCAAAAAAUUCCAUUUGAUGUACAUUGUAUGAGGAUAUAUGUUACCAAAACACAAAAGGAAUGGCUGAUUAUUAGGAGUAUUAGCAUUUGGACUUCUUAG